AUGUUGCGACGCAACCGCACCCUUACUGGCUGCGGAACCUGUCGAAGUCGUCAUGUAAAAUGCGACGAAAACCGCCCGGUCUGCCAGAAAUGUCAGCAACAAGAUCUGGAGUGUCUUGGAUACGAGCGCCAAUUGUGCUGGGCCGACGAUGAUGCCCAUGAUAACACAGCUCGGAUCUAUCGGCGCCCUCUAUUUUCUGUGGCGGACCAGCGGAGAAUGACACAAAUGAUGGUAGAUAGUCUUGGCCAACAGUCCGCUAGUACUGCGUUGACGAUAUUGGAGAGCGGUAACGAGGGCUCGUUUCAAGGCCCAUUCGGUCUAUUGAACAUGGCCCCGCAUGGGGCGUCUCUCGACACUGCAACUCCAUCACAAUUAGAUAUGCCGCCCCACGAGUUCGAGAUGGAUGCUAUCUGGGAGUCACUGGACACGAAUUCCGCUACCCCCGGGGACACUCACUUUUUGGCUGGGUUGUAUGAUCUAGUUGAGGAAUACCAGAACGUAGAUCCUGUAAGCGCACUGAUGCCGCUUGGACUUACACCCAACGACCUUCACAUAUCUUUUGCAGAAGGCCUGGAAGGAAGGCCCGACGAAAUUGCAUUUCAGCAAUCUUUGACGAAUCUGAGCCCUAGCCCCUCACCCGCACUUCAAGAGAGCAAGCGCAUCCCUCCUCUAGCACCUGAUCUGUUACGCUAUUUCAAGGAGAACGUUCAAUCCUUGUCUUUCCCUUUGAGAAAUUCCGUGAAGUGCCCCUGGCAGGCAAUCUAUCUGCCUAGUGCAAUGAGUACAUUUGCGGAGCUCAGCAUUAAUCGAACAACUAGCCAUACCAGGCUAUCUCUGUUCUAUUCCCUUCUGGCUGCCAGCUGCCUCCACAUGUAUGCACGAAACGAGUCUGCCGAGAACUUGAAUAUAUCGGGGAAGAGAUUCAAAGACAUCGCCGCACAGCAUCUAGGGCUGGCCAUGAACAAGGAGGUCUUGGGACCUGGACGAGCCAAGUAUAAGGAAAUCCUAGUUGCCACUUUGUCAAUGGUUAUGCUCGCGAUCUUCCACGGAGAGAAUUCAAAUGCACAGGCUUUCCUUGUUGACGCAGAAUAUCUAAUUCGCAUACGCGGUCUCCCAAAGCCCCACAAGUCGGUCAAGGUCCGAUCCUUACACCACGUCUACACCUAUAUACGUAUCAUGGCCGAAAGUACAUGCGGAUGUGCCCUUCUCAACAUCUGUCCAGACCGGCCUAGCUCUAGCUUGCUCUCGAUUGAGUCAUCUCCAGUCUCUCUAAGAAGCUUCCGCAUGGCACACAACAUUCUGGAUGGCGAGAUUGACAUCGCGUUGGAGAAAGGUAACAAAAUCGGCCACAAUGAUAUCCACCUGGAAAUAAUGGGCCAGUGGAACGAGACGCUGUUUGAGGAUAUCUACGGAAUCCCAGAGUCUUUAUUGGCCCUCCUAUCGCAGGUCAUUCGUCUGGCUAACGAACAAGAACUACUCCACAGAGGCCCAACUGUGGAUGUACGUGUUACGGACGAAUUAAAGCGGCGGGCGAGCGCUCUCGAACAGUACAUCCUGUCGUGGGAACCGCCAUCUACCCCUCUCUCGGCGAGGGAAGAGGCGAGCAGGGAGGGCCAGACAACUUACUUCCAAGCUCGAGCGAUGCACCAGGCUUUGAUCCUGUUUUAUUAUCGUCGCGUCCCCAAUAUCAGCGCAUGGAUUCUUCAAGAUACUGUCCGAAAGUGCUUGGAUUUCCUGGUGCGCAGCGAUAACGCCCAUUUGGGAAGCGCAAUUAGUGAUAAAACGAUCAUCUGGCCCGGGUUUAUGGCGGCCUGUGAAGCAUUAAAACCUGACCUGCAGUCCAAAUCACUAGACUGGUUAGUCACUGCCGGGAAUCGGACGUCUCUGGGCCCGUUUUCUGCGGCCGCCGGAACUGCACAAUGUGUCUGGAAGGCACGAGCAGAGGCGAAGGAUUAUACACUGAGUUGGUUCGAUGUUAUGAAGCAUGAGAGAUGCCCUAUCAUUGCGACAUGA